AUGGGGGACGAUCCGAAAAGACUAUAUCGUUUGGAUGGAGUUGCUCAUAUAGCCGGGGUCAUCAACGACGAGUGGUUUUGCAAGUGGUUUUUGGUUUAUGUUAGUGAUUUUGCAAGUGGUUCUGUAAGUAGUUUUGCAUGUGGAGGCAAACGACGAGGGCGUGGAGGCCGACGCAGGGCACGUGCUGCGGUGGACGAUCACGGUGAUCAUGGUGACGAUGACGAUGAUGGUGACCAGCACGGGCCUGGUGGGAGAGACGCUGGAGGCCAUGCUGGUGUAGAGGGUGUUAGUCCUCAUCAUGGCGGUCAUGGUGGAGAGUGGUACGGGUCCGGUGUGGGAGAUGGUUCGGCCCAGGGUGACGGUGGACUUGGAUCAGGGCCACUCGGGGAUUACUUCGUUGGUGUCCCUGCUGAUGACUACGCACUUCAUGAGAGUCAGCCAUGGGUUAGUCCGGAGACGCUAUUUUCAGACUUGCUGGCUAGUGAUGGUCUUGAUGCGGAGUUCGGCGGUUCACACUUCAUAGAUGAGACCAGUGCCAUUAUGCAGGAGGAUGAUGCGGCACGUCGGCGGGAUCAGAUGACGGGGACACAGGCACCCUUAGAUGUCCAUCUGAACGAGCCUCCUUCCGUGCCUGCUCAUGAAUAUUUUGCAUUGGGUGGUACCCCUCCUUCCGCCUAUACUGCUGGGUCACAUUCGGUUGCCGGACCGUCUAGGACACCCAUCCGCAGAGAGUCAGUUCCUUCAGGGUCUUCCUCACGUCCUUUGCCAGUCCAGCCUAGGCCACCUCCACAGGCAGACCCGGAUGAUGACGAGGAUGACAUUGAGGACGAGGAGCCACUCGUCCGGAGAGGCCAGAGGACACGGGUUCCCCGUCGUUGCUUCACUGGUUCGUAUCUAUUUAGAUGA